CUUACACACUUUUUGUUUUACAAGGUAAGCUAGUUUAGCUAGCUAGCUAAUGGAGUCCCAACCUAGAAGUAAACACAAGUGGCCUUAGAAUAUCACAGUAUCUCGCCUACAGACGUGAGUACGAUGGAUGACAUCAAUUUACACUACAGGUUCCUUAACUGGCGGCGUAGGAUCAGAGAAAUCAGGGAAGUGCGUGCAGUACGUUAUCAGGAACGUUACAAACGCAUGCUGAAGGAUGGAGACACGCUGAGUUACCAAGGGAACUCUGAUGAAGUUGGCUGCUAUGUGGCUCCACGGCCCUUGUCGAAGGGAAACUGCUACUUUGAGGUGACCAUAAUGGACACGGGCGUCAGGGGUACAAUCGCCGUGGGCCUGGUGCCUCAGUACUACAAGCUGGACCACCAGCCGGGCUGGUUGCCACACUCCAUUGCAUACCAUGCAGACGACGGGAAACUUUAUAACGGCAACCCCGUUGGCCAACAGUUCGGCCCCAAGUGUAACCGUGGCGAUCGGAUAGGCUGUGGAAUCUAUGCAGAUGCUUUCGAUGCCGGACUCACGACUGUUUUUUUCACCAAGAACAGCAAAGAGGUGGGCUCGGUAGUGGUGCCAGUGGCUCCGGACGGCCUCUUCCCCGCUAUCGGUAUGCACUCCCUGGGGGAGGAGGUUCGGCUGGACCUGCAGGCAGAGUGGGGCAGGGAGGAGGAGGACAGCGUCAUGAUGGUGGACAGUCACGAGGACGAGUGGGGACGCCUGUACGAUGUGUGCGUCAGCGGAGCGCUGCUGGAGUACGUGGGGAAGGGAAAGAGCAUCAUGGACGUGGGCCUGGCCCAGGCCCGCCAGCCGCUCUGCACGCAGAGCCACUACUUUGAGGUGGAGAUUGUGGACCCCGGAGAGAAGUGCUACAUUGCCUUGGGCCUUGCUCGUAGAGACUACCCUAAGAACAGACACCCAGGCUGGAGCAGAGGCUCAGUAGCUUAUCAUGCAGACGACGGGAAGAUCUUCCAUGGUAGCGGGGUUGGCGACCCGUUUGGCCCACGCUGCUUCGAAGGCGACAUCAUGGGCUGUGGGAUCAUGUUCCCCCGCGACUACGAAGAUGAGGUGGACGACGGCGAGACACUGGACGAGCACCCCAAGCAGGGCCGCGUCCAGAACGUACUGUACCUGAACGAUGAGGAUGAGGAGGAGGAAGGAGAUGACGCAGACCAAGAGCAGGAGGGGAGGAAAGUUACGGUGUUCUUCACCCGCAAUGGGAAGAUCAUUGGGAGGAGGGAGGUGGCAGUGCCAGCCGGAGGAUUCUACCCCACCGUCGGCAUGCUCAGCAGCGGGGAGAAGGUCAAGGUGGACCUCCACCCUCUCAGCGGCUGACGAGCAGCAGGCACGGCCAAUCCACUGGCAGCACCUCUGUGUUUUGAGCCAAUCCACUGGCUUGGGCUGUCUGUCACUCAGAGCAUAAUCGCAUGGUUGGAGCAGACACAGCUAAAAGGGAAUUGCAACAGUUUCAUUUUACACAAAUGGAGAUCAUCAUAUAUCUGUAAUUUUGGUUUGGUGUUUAAUUAUUAUUAUUUUUUUAUUCAUGUAUGCAAACAGACACUGUAGAAAAACGGUUUCCCAUAUGCCAUGGCCCGUAAAAAGCAGCAGUGCAUGAUGACUGCUCACACAGGCAACAAAUAUCUCUUACUGUCUUUUUCUGUAAUAUUUCUGUGUCAUCUGAAUUCCCUUCAGGGAUAGAGCUUUAUUUUUCUUGUUUAUUUGUCUUUGUUUAAUGUUCUGCGUGGAAACCAUAUCAAAGUAAAUGUUGGUCCUCAUAUGAAAUAAUUUGACUAAUGAGAGAAUUAAUAGAUUGUAUGAAGAAAGAUAUUCUGUAUAUAUAAAAACAAACAAACCAGAUCAUAUGUAACUAUAUAUUUUUAACGUGCUUGUAUAUAAUGUACAUUUAUAUAUGGGCUGCUAUACAAAAUAUGCCACAGCAAGUAACAAAGAUUCAAUUCAGGAAACGGCUGAAUGAAUGACAGGGGUGAAUGGGCAGGGGGUGGCAUUUGGGUUUAAAAUAGCAGCCGUUCAGGGGGCAGCCACGUCUCCGAGCAUCGCAGUCACUGUGCCAUUCACUCUGCCACGGCCUCCCCUCCCCAACCCCCUGGAACCUCCAGCGGAAGACCUUUCUGUGCUGGGUGGGUUUUUUGGUGUUUUUUGGUUUGGUUUUUUUUGCUCUUUGUUCUUCCUGUGCUUUUUUUUUUUUGUGCUUUAUUUCUAAAUGUCAGAGUUAAUCAGGUGCCACUUUGCCUUCACUUCAGGCUGGAAACAAGGGUUUGGGCAGCAUCUGGGCGGUUAGGGGUGCGGGAGGGGGUUUAUGCCGGGCGGGGCAAGGUGGGGGUAGUCAGCCGUUGAGAACAGUUGAGAGUUGGGAGAUAGCCACACGUUUAGAGUCUUUAUGUUAAAGGCUGGUAUUUUAAUAAAUGUAUGCAACUCAGUACAAAUGGUCAGAUAUUGUCAGUUCUGAAAUGGUUUUAGUUGGUAGUCUUAAGCUCUUGCCUCAGGUUAUGCACAGCGUUUGUUGAUUUGUCUUGGUCUCUUUCUCUCUCUGUGUGUCUGUGUGUGUGUGCAUCUGAGUGUCUGUCUGUGUGGUCCUGUCCAUGUCACACUUCAGUUUGUCAAAAAUCUGAAGAUGUUCUUUGCCAAUGUUUGCUUCACCAUAAGCUCGUCCACUCUACUAAUGCCACAAGCACUUUAGAGCAAAUUGAUAUGAAUCUCUCUCACACACACAAAAAGGAUGUUGGAGCAGUGUUUGUGCUGGUAUUGGCAUACUCAGCUCCUCCCAUCUGGACCGACUCCAUUUUCUACACCUUUAGAACCAAUCAGAAAUCUUUACACAGUAAUAAUAUCGGUAUAGUUUAUCUCUUUUAGUAAUAUUGUCGUUUGUCUUUUUCAUGUCAUUUAAGUCACAAAAAAUUAUAUAUUUUUUCAUGUUACAUGCCAAAAUUUUCAGUUUGUCAGAUUCAGUGUAAUUACCCCAACCUUCACCAAAAAGGAAUUGUUACCUGUAUAUGAAUUGAAGGAUUACAUUAAAAUUCAAAAUACUGUUUUCUCA